CGCUGUCAUGGGCCUUCUAUGGCCUCUUUCCUGGGCCUGAGCGCUCCCUACGCCCAAUCCAUGGAAUGCGUCUGGGGAGCAGCUGGGUUCUUGAGAAGGCAACAAGUUCUCCUUCUCUACCGAAGGAUUUUGAAAGCAAUCCAGCAAGUUCCAAUUGAUUCUGAUCGCAAAUAUCUGAAGGACUGGGCACGGGAAGAAUUCAAAAGAAACAAAAAUGCCACUGAAGAGGAUACAAUCCGGAUGAUGAUUACACAAGGCAACAUGCAGCUCAAGGAGUUAGAGAAAACACUUGCUUUAGCAAAAGCUUAAUGAUGGCAUUAUUCUGAAAGAUUUUCAGUUUCCAUGUGUUUGGAGGAGCUUAGGCUUAAGGAUGGGCAGCCCAAAGUCAACACUCCAGAACAUGGAGCAUGUCAUUGCACAGAGAGCAAAGAAAAACUGUGUCAGAAUAAUUACCUUAGCACUGAAAAACUUACCUGUAUUUUGAAAAUGUUUCUGGAUUUGUCAGCAGUUUUUGUAAGAAGCAAAACCUAGUACAAAGUACAACAAAUGGACAACUAGCACAUAAAAAGUUACUCAACACCAUUAUUCAUCAAGGAAAUGCAAAUCAAAACCACAGAGAGAUACUGCACAUCCACCAGAAUGGCUAUAAUUAAACAUGGAGAUGGUAGCAAGUAAUAGUGAAGAUGUAGAGAAAUCGGAACCUGCAUACAGUGCUGGUGGGAACAUAAGGCAGUGCAGCCACUUUGGAAAACAGACUGUCAGUAGCUCAAAAGGGUAAACAUAGUUCCCUGAUUCAGCAAUUUUAUGAUGAGGUUUACAACCAAGAGAAUUGAAAGCACAUAUACAAAUGUUAAUAGCAUUAUUUCAUAAUAGCCAACAAGUAGAAACAAUCCAAAUGCCCACCAACUGACGACUGAGUAAAAUGUGGUAUAUCUAUACAAUAAAACAUUAUUCAGCAAUAAAAAGUGAAAUACUAAUACAUGCUACACAGGGAUGAAACUUGGAAAUAUUAAGUUAAAGGAGGCAGUCUGGAAAGAUCAUAUCCUGUAUAAAUUCCCUUUACAGGAAACAUGUAGACUGGGCAGAAGGAUUAGUGGCUCUGAGUAACUCGUGGAAUGGAGAGGAACUCAAUAGGGGGUUUCCUUUUCAGGGUGAUGAAAAUAUCCUGUAAGUAGAUUUUGGUGUUGUUUGUCCAAUGCUGUGAAUAUACUACCAUUGAAAUGGAUAUUUUAUAUGUAUGUGAAUUAUACCUCAGUAAAGUUGUUUCUGGUUUUCUAAAGUUGAGAUAUUAUUGAUAUAUAAACAUUGUGUAACUCAAUAAAGCUGCUUUCAAAAACGGAA